AUGGACGUUUUAGCAGCGCCUCCAGGGAAACGUGACAGGAGUUCUCCCGACCACGCCCAUGGCCCCGACUUGAAAAAGCGGAAGUUCGAACCAGUGGAGAAUGUCUCAGUCAACGAACUGCAGCAAUUAUUGCGACAUGUUAGGAAAGUGGUAUUUUUACCUCCACCAACUCAAUCAUCUCUCGUACAAGUUUCCACAUCUUCACUGAGACGUACUGAGUCUACACCCUUAGCCUUACUUAAGGGCUACAACUUAAUAUAUAGUAGGGAAAAAGCCCUUGUACUAGAACUAGUAGCAAUCAAGAACAAUGUGAUCAGUUUUACGAGAACAGAUGAACACGACGAGAGUAGAGUUCAUUAUCAUUUUCAUAUCGAGUUCCUUCUAUCUUUUCCAUUUCCUACCCCCCACAACGACACCAGAUCGCCAAAGCUCCUGACUUCGCGAUGUCCUUGCUCACUCAAAACGGCGAGAUGUGCAUCGCCUUGCUGCAUGCGCAAGCAGUAGUCGGAAUAUUGCCGGAGCGGAUGAACUUUUUGCCUUUAUCAAAUGAGGAAAUAGAGUUGGCCAAGACAAAGUCAAAAGAAAUUCAAGACAAGCUUGCGAAGUAUCGGUUUUGGACCACGUCGAAUGUAGGACCGAGACCAAACGCAAACAGAAUGCCCAGUCCGGGGAUGGGUAUUGCUUCUACCGUGUAGUUUUUUUUACAUCAGAAAGAAUCAUAUUUUUUUUUCAAACUACAAGAUGAAGAAACAAGUCUAUUUAUUCAUGCUUAAAUUGACGACCAGGAGAACGAGUUAGUUUACAAGAAUGUCAUCAACGUCAAGAACCUCCUACUCUGUACUGAGGUCCUUCAGGAGUCGGCGGCGGCUUGAAUUUUCCCAUGCCGCAAAUGCCAGGCUUGAAUAAAGGUGGUUAUGGCCCUGUCUCCAGCAGCAGAGGUUACGGCGGUUACGGUUCAUCCAAAGGAGCAGGAGGUGGCUACGGCUCUAUGGCAAGCUAUUAUAGCGGAAGCAAUGGCGGAGGAGGAGGCUAUGGAGGUAGUUACGGUGGUGGGGGUGGCGGCUAUGGCGGUGGUGGUGGGUCUUUAGGAGGUUAUGGCAGCAGUGCUAGUUCAUCUGCCUAUGGAGGUGGUUCGAUGUAUGGAGGUGGAUCAUCUUCAGGCGGCUAUGGAGGAUCAGGCGGAGGUCUUAGCCUCGGAGCUGGAGGUCGACCAGCCUAUAGUGCAGCGCCAGCAGCAGCUGCCGGAGCCAGCAUUACGCAGGAGCAAAGGGCGAAGCUGUUGGAGCGAAUCAGCCGGUUGACACCGGAGCAGUUCAACAUGCUGCCACCAGACAUCCAGAAUCAAGCGCGCUUGUACUUGGGGGCGAGGGUCAGCGGAUAGUAGGGAUAGGGGGUGUGAGGACGCGACUCAUAAGUAGUGCUAGAGACACUGAGCUGCACGACCGCAAAUAAGUAGAUGAAAGGAGAGCUUAGACAAAAAAUAAGCAUCAAAAGCUUGAUCCGCUCAUCUGUUCAGGGGCAUGAUGUGCCGCACCUGACCUACCAGGGAUGAAAAGCGUGGAAGAGAAACCACGAUGGAUGACGUGUUUGUUGUGCGAAAGGAAUGAAACUGUGACCUCUUCUUGUGCGCAACAUUGAAACUAUGAACCGCUUAUUUCAUAAGGAAGGCAUAAUACUACGGACAACUCACACAACGCAUAUGAUUUUUCCCAUUCCCCGUUUCUCAUGAUAUCCAAAAUCUUCCCAUUAAAAAGGGCAAGUCGCCAUACUUAAGACUAAGACGUCACCCCCUCAGCAGCUUAUGGAAAGCGCCCUCUUCAUGCAGAAUCUAC